CCAGACACAGAGCAGCCAGACUCUUUUCCAAUAAACUAUCAGCGAGUAAUUCACGCUUCGCUAAACUGAACCAAGAAACCGACAUCGAUUUGCCCACGAUUGACCAUCAGUUUCAACAAAUCACACCAAAUGCAGAUGGCGCUGCCGCUGCCCAGCAGCCCGGCACUGGACUUGAUGGGGAAUGACAGCCUGCAGGACUGGGAAGUGAUUGGUGGAGGGGGAUUUGGACAGAUCCACAAGGCCAGGCAUAGAAAGUGGAGGUUUGAUGUGGCCAUCAAGUUGCUGCAUUAUGAUGAUGGCUCUAGCACUUCCCUGCUUAAGGAGGUAAAAAAUAUGCAGAAGGGAGGGAGCCCCCAUGUGGUGAGGAUUCUGGGGGUGUACCAGGGGUGCCCUCCAUCUCCAGGUAGAGGCCUCUCCACCCAGCUGGGUAUUGUGAUGGAGUUAAUGAAGAUAGGUUCACUGGCCACCCUCCAGGCCAGCCUCUCUGGCCCCCCACCCUGGCCCCUGGCCUUCCGCCUGGCCCACCAGAUCGCUCUGGGAAUUAACUUCCUUCACAACCUCCCUCAGCCACUUCUGCAUCGCGACCUGAAGCCCAAUAACGUGCUGCUGGAUGACAACCUUAAUGCAAAGCUUACAGAUUUUGGCCUUGCUGAAGUCUCCCAUAGUGCUUUGAAGACGCCCAGAGAGGAGCCUGGGACAGAAGGAGGCACUCUAAGCUACAUGCCCCCUGAGGCUUUUGAAUCAUCAUAUGAACCAACUCGAGCCACUGACAUCUACAGUUACGGCAUACUGCUGUGGUCCAUCUUCACUGGAAAAGAGCCCUAUUAUGCAGAUAACCCUCAUCUCCAGUCCAGUAUGGUGAGGUUCCGGGUCCCCUUGGGCGACAGGCCCCCUCUGGAGGCAGUGGACAGGGACCAGGCUGGUGGGCUCGGGGAGAUGGUGGACCUCAUGGUGAAUUGCUGGGACCAACAGCCUUCUAAUAGACCCCAUUUCCUGGAUUGCCUCACUGUGACAGAGAGAACAUAUGAGAGGCACAAGCAAUCAAUAAACGACGUUGUCCAUCAAGUGCUCCUUAAACUGGAGGAGGAGAGGAUGAGGAGACAGGAGGAGGAGAGGAUGAGGAGACAGGAGGAAGAGGAGAGAGAGAGACAGGAGGAUGAGAGUAUGAGGAGACAGGAGGAAGAGGAGAGAGAGAGACAGAAAACUGGUCUAGCUCAUCUGAGGAUAGUUCUGGUGGGGAAGACUGGAGCAGGGAAGAGCGCAACAGGAAAUACCAUCCUGGGUGGGGAGGGGUUUAAAGAAGACUCCUCCCCUGAGUCUGUGACUGCUCAGUGUGAGAAACAGAGUGGAGAGGUGGAUGGAAGGAAGAUUGAUGUGAUUGACACGCCAGGACUCUUUGACACAUCAGUGACUAUAGAGAAAAUGAAAUGUGAACUAGAAAGGUGCUUCUACAUGUCAGUCCCAGGACCCCAUGUGUUCCUGUUGGUGAUCAGACUGGGGAGGUUCACACCCGAAGAGCAGAACACUGUGAAGUGGAUCCAGGAGAACUUUGGAGAAGAAGCCUCAAAGUACACCAUGGUGCUGUUCACUGGAGGAGACCAGCUGAGAAAAAAAUCUGUUGAGCAGUUUAUAGGAGAAAGUGUUAACCUCCAGGAUCUCAUCAGCAAAUGUGGAGGUGGAUAUCACUCUGUCAUCAAUGACAGUGACAGUAGCGCCAACCCUGACCAAGUCCCAGAGCUGCUGAAGAAGAUAGAUGAGAUGGUGACGAGGAAUGGAGGACAACACUACACCAACGAGAUGUACCAGGAGGUCCAGAGGAAGAUCGAAGAGGAGGAGGAAAGGAAGAGAGAGGAGGAGAGGAAGAAAAAAGAGGAAGAAAUGAAGAAAGAAGAGGAGGCAAUCAGGAAACGGGAAGAGGAGGUGAGGAGAGAGGAGGAAAUGAAAAGAGAGGAGGAGUUGAGGAAGAUAGAAGAGGAGAGACAGGAGGAGAGAAGGAAGAUGGAAGAGGAGAGACAGGAGGAGAGGAGGAAGACGGAAGAGGAGACGAGGAAGAUGGAAGAGGAGAGACAGGAGGAGAGGAGGAAGAUGGAAGAGGAGAGGGGGAAGAUGGAAGAGGAGAGGGGGAAGAUGGAAAAGGAGAGGAGGAGGAGGAGGAGAAAUUGGUUCGAGCGGGUUUUAAACCUUUAACCUUGUUGUGGCCAGCACCAUGCUCUAAUCCACUGAGCGGAACUGUGUGUACUUUCAUCUUUAUACAAACAUUAACCAGACUUUUAACGCCAUAACAUGCCAUAAUCAUACCAAUCGUCAACUUUCCUUUCACAUUAAAUCCCUGUUCUUCAAUAAAUACAAAAACAUGCUGACUAUUACUGGGUCGUUGAUUGUAGACUUUACUCUCUGUAGGAAGGUAAUUGAAAAAAAAAUAUGCUGUCUGUUUCUAUGACGGUAUAUGGCUCAGCUAAUGAUAAACGUACCCUAACCCUCCUUUGAGCUUCAGUCACCAGCACCAUCUCCCACCUAAAUUCAUGUUUUUUUCUGGUCAUUACUGUCCACUGUCCACCAAUGUUAUUUAAGCAAUAACACACAAGGGGGUGUGGUAGCCUAGUGGUUUGAGCGUUGGGCCAGUAACCGAAAGGUUGCUAGAUUGAAUCCCCGAUCUGACAAUGUAAACAUCUGUCGUUCUGCCCCUAAACAAGGCAGUUAACCCACUGUACACUAUCCAGAGCCACUGAGGAAGUUACAACCACAAAAGACAUUGUGACUUCUGGGGAAGUUAACCAGAGACUCUGAUGAACUGACUCUCCAGCAGACGGACCGGAUUCCAACAGAGAAGACAACAACGACAUAUGGGCGUAAAUAUAUACAUUGCAAAUAUUCUCGAAUGAGCAGCCGUUCAUGUGCAAACGAUUAGCAUUUCAAUUAAUUAAUUAUCAACUGUGUGUAGUGAAUCCAUUUUGUCUUUCCCGCUCUUUUAUCUGUCCCCACCCCUUUCCAUUGUCUACCAAGCCGUCAUACCGGUUUAGCCCACUAGGGACUUAUCAAUGCAUUGUGUUAGUAACCAAUAUCUACUGUUUGUUAUGUAUUUCUGUGCUUAUUUAGUUAGUCAGUAAAUAAAUAAUUAAGCCAAUUUGUAUAUCGCUGAUUCAUAAUUUAUGCUAGGGUUCGUGCAGACAUCCAAGGGUUUGCGACGUUCAAUAAUGACAACUGAUGAGGUAAUAAUGAUACAUUAAUACAAGACUGUACUCGAUAAGAUAUGAAAAUAUCUGAAGAGUCGAUUCGGGAAAUAGAGACUCUAUAAACAUUUCCCGUGGUGCCCCGACUUCCUAGUUAAUUAAAGUGUGCAUGAUUAGUUUAAUCACGUAAUAAUAAUUACACAUAGAGCAUUUAUUUGAUAAAAAAGCAGUCUUCACAUUUAAUGAUAGUCACAGACACGACAUCUUUUUUAUGGCUCAGCUAAUGAUAAACGUACCCUAACCCUCCUUUGAGCUUCAGUCACCAGCACCAUCUCCCACCUAAACUAAUGUUUUUCUGUUCAUUAGUGUCCACUGUCCACCAACGUUAUUAAAGAAUGGUUCCCAC